UGGAAGGUCGGGACUCAAUGAUGCAGUUAGCAGAGCGGUGUUUCCCCCCUGCCACGAACCUGCCCAAGACCUUCUACAACAGCCUGUCAGCCUCGCCAGACAGCCGGAGCCCGGCGCCCCCGCACCUCGACUUCCCGGAGACUGGCCGCGGCGAACCGGUGCAGGAGAACGCCGAGCUCCCCAAGAAGUUCUCCGGCGCCGGCAUGUUGACCGAGAACGAGAGCCACGCGUUCGGCGCUUCCAAAGGCGCGGCGGCGGCGGUGGACCGGACCAAGGGUUCCCCGGCGGCGGCGGCGGCCGACGAGGACUUGGCCGAAGUUCGCUACAGUCUGGACGGCCUGGGGGCCGAGAGAUAUUUCCUGGCCACGCAGAACCUGAGCCCCGGGCAUCACCAACAGCAGCAGCCGCCGCAGCCGCCGCAGCAAGCGGGCUCCGGCGGUGGAGCGCUCCUUCCCUACCCGGCUCAGCACCCGCCAGCCUUCCCCGUCAACGGUGCCAGCCGCUACCUGGGUCCUCACCCCGUGCUGACCAACGGCACCUACAACCCGAUCCUAACCCCGGCCGGAGCGCAGGCAUUCCCCCCAUCGGCGUAUCCAACUUACCCCGGGUCAGGGCGUUCUCAGUACGCGCACGGUUACCAGGGCGGCCCGUUGUACUCCCAGUACCAACCGAGUAUCCCGCACCCGACCCGGGCACAGGUCUACCUCUGCAACCGGGCACUUUGGCUCAAAUUUCACCGGCACCAGACUGAGAUGAUCAUCACCAAACAGGGCAGGCGUAUGUUCCCCUUCCUGAGUUUCAAUAUCUCUGCCCUGAACCCGACGUCCCACUACAACGUGUUUGUGGAGAUUGUGCUGUCGGAUCCCAAUCACUGGCGAUUUCAAGGGGGAAAGUGGGUGACUUGCGGGAAAGCUGACAACAAUAUUCAAGGUAACAGAGCUUAUGUCCACCCUGAGUCUCCAAACACUGGGGCUCACUGGAUGAGGCAAGAGAUUUCCUUCGGGAAACUUAAGCUGACCAACAACAAGGGUGCAACUAACAACAGCACUCAGAUGGUGGUGUUGCAAUCCUUACAUAAAUACCAACCACAACUUCAUAUAGUGGAGGUGAAUGAAGAUGGCGCAGAAGAUAUCACUGACUCCUCGAAAACUCAGACUUACACCUUCCCAGAAACUCAGUUCAUUGCAGUGACUGCCUAUCAGAACACUGAUAUCACACAGCUCAAAAUUGAUCACAAUCCAUUUGCCAAAGGUUUUCGAGACAACUAUGAUUCUAUGUUCACUGCUCCAGAGAAUGAUCGAUUGACCCCGUCACCCACGGACUCUCCUCGAUCCCAUCAGAUCGUACCUGGAGCCCGUUACACCAUGCAGCCUUUCUUCCAGGAUCAAUUUGCCAACAGCAUACCGUCAGCCCGGUUCUACAACGGUGAACGAACAGUCCCCCAAACAAGUGGCAUCCUGUCCCCUCAACCAACUGAGGAAUCAGGCAACCCACCUCAGAGAUGGUUUGUCACGUCUGUACAGCAGCCUGGGACCAACAGGUUGGACUUUACCUCUUACGAUGCAGAUUAUGCCACAAAUGCUUUGCUGCCCUAUGGUCUCAAACCUCUGCCCAUACAGUCUACGCAUUCUCUGAGCUACUAUCCUGACCCAACAUUUGCUUGGGGCUCCAGGAGUUCCCAGUACCAGAGAAAGAUAGCCUCUGGGUUAACAUGGUCCUCCAGGACAAGCCCUUCUGCUUUCCCAGAAGACCAAGUGUUGUCCACUGAGGAAAAGUCAAGAGAAGAAGCCAACUCGCCCUGGAUUGAAACCCCUCCAUCCAUCAAAUCCAUGGACUCUGACUCGGGACUAUAUGAAAAUGCCUGCAAAAGAAGAAGGGUCUCAGCUGGCAACUCCAGCACUGAGAGCUCCCCAACAAUCAAAUGUGAGACAAUUACUCCGAAAGAGUAUAGCAAAGAUGGUACAAAAGCGAUGGGCUAUUAUACUUUCUACACCAGUCCUUAGAAGUAUUUCUGUGGUUUGUAUGUAUAUACCCAAUCCAUUUGCCAAAUGUCAAGAUGGUCUUAUGUGUGCCAAAAAAACUGAAGUUUCCUUCCAUCUUUAGGAACUGACUUUGUACAGUCUAUUAGAGUGCAAUCCAAUUUUUAAGAAGGUGCCAAAGCUUUCUGAUGCUAUAAGCAACAAGAUGGACAUGUUCUAGCUAAGCCUGUUCUCAAUGUUAUGUCCCAUAAUAUAUAGUAUUAAUUUUAGAAGGAAUUUCUGGGGGAGGGGGUGGGAUUUAAAUCCCUGAUUAACUUUUAUCAUAUGUGGUUUUAUUUAUUUGAAGAUACAUUGAUGUACAGUUCCUGUUCUGUAUAAUCCACUUGUAGAAUAGGUGCAGUAUAAUGUAAAAGAAAAUGACCAGUGUUAGUUCAAUGAGUAAGAACCAGUCCAUCAAUGUGUACAGAUUAAGCAAAAACAGCUCGUUUCAAGCAUUACAUUUUUCAAAAGCAAUAAAAUAAGACUGUGGAUUUCAAUAUUCCAAGGGGUGCUGUGAGUAGGGAACCAUGUACCUGUAGAGUCUUGAUAAAUGCAUAACUAACGCACUUAAUUUUAGCCACUUCCCAUGUGUUGUUCACUUACCAGAAUUAGAAUCGUGUAAAACUUAUUGGCAGAUUAGUUAUGUGUUUUUCAGGCUUCAGGUGG